AUGGGCGAUUCUCAGGGGUUGCGAGGGCGACCUGAAGGCGGGGUGGGCCUUAUCCUGGUAGCUCUUUCCCAAGUGUUCUGUGCUUUGAUGAAUGUGGGGGUGAAGCUUCUGACUGCCUUACCCGAUCCCCCGCCAGCACUGGAGAUCUUGUUCUUCCGAAUGGCAGGGUUCAUGAAGAUCCUCACAUACACGUGGUGUCUCACCUACAUGCGCUUCAAGGAAAUACCAGACCCUCUUCUGGGACCUUCUGGUCUUCGAGCGGCAUUUGUCCUCAGAGGCGUAUCUGGUUUCUUCGGCAUAUUCGGAAUAUAUUACAGUCUCCAAUUCCUGUCCCUUUCAGAUGCUGUUGCAAUCACUUUCCUCUCACCCACCUGUAUCGCUAUAAGUGGAUGGCUAUUCCUAAAAGAACAAUCAACUUUGAAAGAGCUAGGCGCAGGUUUCGUAUCAAUGUCUGGCGUGGUGCUCAUUGCUCGACCGGAAACGAUCUUCGGAACCACAUCAUCGAAUCCGUCAGUAGAGAAAGGGACGCCUACUCAACGUCUGAUAGCCGUGGGAAUAGCACUGAUUGGUGUCAUAGGAAAUACGGUAUCAAUUGUAACUAUCAGAUUCAUAGGCGACCGAGCGCAUCCCAUGCAUUUAGUAGCAUUCUUUGCUGCCUGGUGUUUGGCUCUAUCGGGUGUCGGAACGGUCACUAUGGACAUCAAAUGGAUCCUUCCUGCCGAUCCUAAAUCUAUGAUUGGAAUAGUUUUUGUCGCCUUUUGUGGGUUCGCAUUUCAAAUACUCCUGACGGCUGGUCUACACCACGACACUGCGGGAAGAGCGUCCAUUGCUCUGUAUUUUCAAGUGGUAUUCAGCCUCAUUUUUGAGCUGACCAUAUUCCACAACUCACCGCACUUCCUCGGUAUCCUUGGGACUGCAAUGAUCAUCGCUGGCGCAAUGUAUGUCGCUGCUUCAAAGAAACCCCACGAAUCAAUAAUGCCUGACGACGACACUUCCAUAUCGCUCCUCCCGCUGGAAUGA